GACAGCUGAAAAAGAGUCCUGUGUACUCCGUAAGGUGGCUUGCUUCCAAGUCAGCAAUCGUCAACCAUGAUUCGUCAUGGAACAGGUUCCACCUCUCAACUUCAGCCUUGUGGCCUUCGCAAGCAUUGAUGACGCUAAACCGCGCCACGAUGCGGCUGAGCCUCGAGAGACCUUUCGCGUCUCAGAUUCCCGGAAAGCCUCACUGAAGCAGCAGGACGCCGCAGUCAGCUUUUUGUUGUGUACUAACAGCGUCGUUGUCCUCCCUCGUUUCUUGUCUCUUCCCCCAUUCCCUUUUCCUACUGUCACUACCACUUUUCUCUACCACACACUUGUCGUUUGAGCCUCCAAAAAGUCCGCAGAUACGUACGUCGACCAUCUACCCCACGAGUAAACAAACCGCACCCACAGUAAACAGGACAACCACAACCACAAUUGUCCUUGACCUUACCUCCCGUCCCUUUUUUGGCCUCCGCAGGUCCCAUUGACCGACCAGCUACUACACCUCCCAUCCACCGGUCCUUGAUCCUUCCCCUCCAUUUUCACCAUGAGGCUACAACUCGAUCAGCAUGGCAAGAUCAAAACAUACAUCCACAUCGCACAGACGGCAGUCCUCUUCCUAGCAUGGGUCCUCACGAUAGCACUCCUUACUCGUUCUGGAACGACCGACGGUCGUGUAGGCUGGUACUUUGGCCUGUGCUGGCUCACGAUCCCCAUUCUGAUCUACCUAGUCAUGGUACCAAUGUGGUCUCGAGCUCGACGGUUCGCCAACGUCUACGCCUUCGCCUGCGUCGACGGUCUGGCCGUGGUGUUGUGGCUGAGUGCCUGGGCGGCCGUCGCCUCGUACGUGGCCUCGGGCAAGGGCAAAGGGGACAAGAAGGACGCCUCGGGUUGCGACAAUUUCAAGUACGGGAGCCCCGGCCGUUGCAAACUCAGCGAGACCAUCAUAGUCUUUGGGGUCUUUGAGAUGAUCCUCUUCGUCGCCACGGCCUUUUUCUCCCUCCGGACCGUCAUGACUUUCAAGAGGACCGGCAUGAUGCCCGACAAUGCCCAAUUCCCCGGGUCCGACUUCGACUCGAAACCACCAAACGACUUUUCCGCACAGACCCAGGACGCCUUUUCGAGCAACAUGCGGACCGACGAGGAGGACCUGGAGGACGAAGGAGGACGACGGCCGGGGUACGGUUACCAGAAGCCCGAGUACGACGACCAAUACGCGCCGCUGCACCAGCAGGAGCAGGAAGAGAUUGUCCACAUGCCGUCCGUGCAGCCACAGAGCCCCCUGAACCACAGUGGCCUGGGGAUACAACAAGACUACAACAAUACCGCGUACACCGGUUACGGGAAUCAUCAGAUGCCCGGUCGGUGAUACCUUUUGGGGGAAAUAGGAAUCUCGGGUGCCCGAGUAGUGGUGGUAGUCUCAUGUGUCGUUUGAAACGAGGUCCCAUCCCUUCACCUUCUGUUGGCUGAUCCUCUUCUCCCUUUAUAACUGUCGAAGCGUUUUCAGCGAUAUGCAAUAUUUUCUCAAGGAGGGCCUAUUCGGAUUUGGGGGUGUACUAUGGUCAAGAAGUUUGUGUUUGUUUGGGCCUCUUAGGCCAUCAUUGGGAGUCAUCUAGAGAAAAAU